AUGAAUACACAAGCCAAAGCACCAAAUGAUGUCUCACGACCAGGUCGCUCAGUCCAUUUAGAGCCACUGAACCCAUCACACAUCACAGACCUCUACGAAAGUAUAGGAUCAAACGCAGAACUGUGGACCUUCGUGCCAGAUGGACCCUUCAACGACAAGGACUCAUUCCACCAUUUCAUCGCAGCAGCCUCCCAAGCUGAAGGCGUCUUCAUCUACGCGCUAAUUGAUCAACCGACCAAGAAAGCACUCGGGGUCCUAAUGCUCAUGCAUCUCGACCUAAAGAACCGCUCUGUCGAGGUCGGCAUCAUCUUCUCCCCACUCUUGCAACGCACAACAGCGGCCACUGAAGCCUUGUAUCUACUUUCUAAGACAGUCUUUGAUGAUCUGGGCUUCCGCCGCUUUGAGUGGAAGUGCUGUGAUACGAAUGAGUCGUCUAAACGUGCUGCUGCUCGCUAUGGCUUUACGCGUGAAGGCGUCUUUCGUCAGCAUAUGAUUGUUAAAGGUCGGAAUCGCGAUACGGUUUGGUACUCUAUGAUUGACUCGGAGUGGCCGGCUUUCAGAAAGGCUUACGAAUCUUGGCUUGAUCCUGCCAACUUUGAUGAUCAGGGGCGACAACGUCAGUCGCUUGCUUCGUUUCGGGCUUGA